GCCUUUAAACAGUUGUUGUGUAGUUGCCCCUCCCUGUGGCUCGACAGGUUUGGGGUGUGGACUGAGUGAGUGAGACAGCCAAAGGCAGGGAGUGUUGCUGAACUCUCUCACUCAGGCGGCUGCCAGUCUCUCUGUCUCUGUCUCGCCCUGCCUGGCCAUGUUUAAGUGUGGGCUCGCCUUUCCCCGCUGCAAAUGGAUCUUGCCUCUGCUGCUGCUACUCGCUAUCAUCUUCGACAUCAUCGCGCUGGCUGCUAGCUCCGGCUGGGUGGACUCCAAGUAUCACUAUGCCUCCCUGUGGGAUCAGUACAGGGGCAGGGACCCCAACUGGGAAUCCAGCUCCCUCAUGGAGUACGGAUGGGCAAAAGCUUCUGCAGCGCUGCUGAUAAUUGGUUGUAUCCUGUUGAUCAUCUGUUUCAUCCUGUCCUUCCUUGCUCUUUGCAAGGAGCAGUCAGGUCUGCUGAGAGUGAUUGGUGUCAUCCUCUUUGUUGCUGUCCUCUUCCAGUUCAUCGCCCUCAUCAUAUACCCGGUCAACUUCACCAAGACCCUCAUCCAAAAUGGCAACUAUGAAUACAGCUGGAGCUACGGUUUCGGCUGGGGUGCCACCAUCCUGAUGAUCGGCUGUGGCAUAUUCUUCUGCUGCCUCCCCAAGUACGAAGAUGAACUCUAUGGUCAAGCUAAACCCAUCUACAUCUACGGCUGAUCUUUGUUGGAGUCAGUGGCAGUGAAGAUCUGACUCUGGUGCCUUGCACACGUGUACAUUCGCUGUUUCAAAAAGCCAGAGGAAUGACAAUGUUCCUUUUCUUUUUGGGAAACAAAAGAACCUGCACAUCUUAUUACACACAAGUACUGGAUUUGACAACGCUCUUGUUUUUAAAUGUUAAGGUAGUUUUCUUUUUAAAGGUUUGGCUUUAAAUAGACUUGCUGGUGUUGGGGAUAGCAACAGGUAAGAUUUUAGGGAAGGGGACAGGGGAUGAUACAGACACUAGACCAUCACCAAAUGAAAUUUAUAGCCAGCAUCUGAAUCUUAAAAAUUGAAAUGACAAUUCUUUCCACUUCCCGCUUUAGCAUCUACUCCUCUUAAUGAUAAAAAUUGUGGCCCAGGUUAGGAUGAAAUGAGGGCUGGGAAUGGCAAGAAAAGUUGGAAUAAUGUUGAUUGUGAGAAAGUAUUGUGGUGUCCUAAGGACAGAAUGGCUAAGGAUAGAAAUUACCUUCAGUUGGGAGAAUACAGAGGAGUAUUUUAAUGCAAGGGCUGUAUUAAGAGUAGGAUGACAUUGCUAUUCACAUAUUCUUAUUCAUAUUUUAAUCUUUGACCAUAAAAAAACUAUUGCUUGUUCAAAUGCAAACACAAACUUUGACCAUAAAAUAAUUGAUGUAUGAAAAUUGAUGUUCUGAAGAUUCAAUUUUGACCACUACACAGCGUGCAGCUGUCUCCAAAUAUUUCUUCUCUAGAGCAUGACGGUUCGAGUCAUGGGGAUAAAGGUACAUAACAGGGGAAUGUAUUAGAACUUGCUUAAAAUUCUGACAGACCUAGAGAGCUGGAUUGAGAAAGACAGUCUUGAUAAUCAGAGGAAGCAAAUUUAAGAUCAUUGGGAAAUGAACCACACGGGAGACUUUUAAAAAUGUAUUCAUUCAUGGCAUUUGGGCUUCACUGGUUUGGCUGGCAUUUAUUGUCCAUCCAUAAUUGCCCAGAGGGCAGGUAUGUGUCAACCACACAUUGGUGUGGGUCUUGAGUCAAAUGUAGCCCAGACCAGAUAAAGAUGGCAGUAUCCUUCCCUACAGAACAUUAGUAAACCGGAUGGAGCAUUCCUGCCAAUUGGCAUUGGAUUCAUGGUCAUUGUUAAUCUAUUGAUUCUGGAUUUUUAUUGACUUCAAAUUCUACCAUCUGCUAUGGUGGAAUUUGAACCUGGGUCUCUGGAUUAACAUUGCAAUGAUCAUAUCAUUGGGUCAUCACCACCACCCUGUCCCUCCAUCCCCCUUUUACACAAUGAGUUGUUACAUAUUGUAAUCCAUUGCCUGAAAGACCGGAUUCACCUUUAAGUUUCAAAAGGAAAUUUGAAAAAUACUCAAAUGGGAAACUGUAGGGGAAAGAGCUGGCAUAGGAACACUGGGCCAAAUGGCUUCCUCCUGCGCUUAUCACUCUAUCAUUCUUUACAUUAUACAUUUACACAGCGUUUCAUUGGACGUUGAAUAUUUUUAUGGAAGUUUCAUGACUAAUCAGGGAGGCAGGAAGGUAGAUUGAGUUCAUGAUCAAAUUAACCAUGAUCUUAUCAAAUAGCACAGCAGUUUGAGGGGCCUAGUCCUAACCUAUUUCUGGUAGAGAUUGUUGAGGCACUUGCAGACAAAGUUAUGAGUGAUGCUGCUUUGAAUUGUGAGGGGAGAGUGAUAAGCUAUGUCUGCAGUUUGUCAGUAUAAAAUCUUCAGCUUCUCAGAAAACACAGGGUGGGGCAUGAAGAGAUAAUGUUUAAAAACGAAAGCUUGCACACUGAGGCUUAUUAGGACAUCGAGUAGCAACAAAUAUCUGCAACAGUUUUGCAAAAGACAAACAGUUGAUGGUUUGAAAAGGGGACGAGUGGAUAUGAGGAAAAGAUUGGAAGAUGGUUGUAAGUAGUUAGUUCUUUCAGAGUCGUCACAGGCACAAGAGCUUCAUGAGCUCUUAGGUUUUAUGAUAUCACAUUUAAGUGUUUGCCUGGCUGUGUCAGUAUAAUUCUUAUCUCCUGAGCAGGCGUCUGUGCAUUGCAAAUUCCAUUGAGGAUUAAACUUGCAUUUAUAUCGCAACUUUUUAACAAUCUCAGGACAUCUUUGUAGUCAUUGGAACUAGGUCUGCCAGGUGGACCUCAUAGAAAUGAGUUCCCUGAUUGGACCAGGUACACACCCCCAAUCAGGGAGCCCUGGCUGACAGAUAGAAACAGGAGUGUUAGAAAUUGUGUUCACACUAGGAGCUGACUCAGAGCUAGCUGGGUCAGUGUCAUAUACAAUGCACGUGUAAAAUAAAGAGUGACUUGGUGAUGGGA